ACUAUAUUGCCUUAUUUGUUGGAAAUUGGCUUCUAUAUAUGUAAGAUACAUAACCCUAAAUUUCAUCUUGUUGAGAUUGAGAAAGAGAGUGAAAUGGAGAGUUCAGUGAAAAAGAAAAUUGCAAGAUUGGUGAUUGUGGUUGCAGUGAUGAUGAUACUGAAGGGUGCAGAUUGUGAGCUAAUCAAGAUAGGGAAAAGUGGAUGGAUCCCAAAUUAUAAUUACACUGAGUGGUUGAGUCAAAAUCCUGAGCAAUUCCAUGUGGGUGAUUGGCUUUAUUUUGUAUAUGAUAUAAACUCCUUCAAUGUCCUGGAAGUGAAUGAGACAAGCUAUAAAAGCUGCAAUGAGCAAGGCUUCCUAAGGAACUACACCCGCGGUGGCCGGGAUGUGGUUGAGCUCAAAGAGGCAAGGCCAUAUUACUUCCUUAGCGGCGGUGGCUAUUGCUGGAAUGGGAUGAAAGUAGCCAUUCUCGUCCAACAGCUUCCAGCAGUACCAGGCCCUGCACCUUCCAAAAAUGGCUCUCCAUUGCCAACUACUGCUGGAAGCUUCAUUCUGAUCAUGUCUAUUGCAUUUUAUCUAACUUUAGCUAUAUAGUAUUUUUAAUUAAUUGCCCAUUAUUUGAUAAAUUCACUUAUUUAGAACUUUAAAUUUUUUUUUUUUUCCCUUUUAAGUGGAUUUGGAUUUGACUAGCAAGUUGCAAUAUGGACAGUCUGUGGCUUAUGUAUUAGGGUGAUGUGAGUUAUAUUACAUGCAAUGGAAGGUUUGGCUUUUAGAUUUUUGAUUGGUUUA